AUGACCAAGGCAGAAGACCAGCACUCAACAAAUCUAAGACUUUUAUUGUUCGUGAAUGAACUCUCCAAAACUGAAGGAGCUUUUAAUAUAUUUCUCAGCUGCAUUCUGGAUGACUACAGCUGCAUUCUGGAGUGGCCGGUGUGGCGGCGGGAGUACAGCGGGCGGCAGAGCGGCCCCGCCGUCUACCUCUCGCUGCCGGUGCGCGGCGUUCGGGUCACCCCCGCCAACAUCUUCUGCACUGACCAGUACUUGAAGGUAAGCGUCCCUCCCUUUUUAUUUGAAGCGAUUUUAUAUGCUCCUAUUGAUGACACAAAUAGCACAGCAAAGAUUGGAAAUGGAAUAAUUUUCUUCACUUUGUAUAAAAAAGAAGUGGCCAUGUGGGAUUCCCUAACUCUAGUAAAUGCUAACAAAGAGAAACUGCAAUAUCUAAGAAAGAAUGCUGUUCUAAAAGCCCAUGAAAAGGCAAAAGAGGAGACAGAAGCAAAAAAAGUUACAAAACAGGAACACAAAAAAUAUGCGUUGGAGGCCACGAUGAAGCUAGAAGAAGCAGAAAGAAAAAGAAUUGAAGAUCUGAAAGAAAAGGAGCGGCAGAAGGUCACUAAGGAGUUGGAGUUAUGGAAAAAACAGCAAAAAGAUGCUGAGAAACAAAAGAGGGUAGAAAAAGAAGAGGAACUACAUCAAGAAGUAGAGCAAUUAAAGGAGAAAAAAAAGGAAAAAAUGAACAAAACUAGGAUUCCUAAUGAAGGAACUUCUAAGACCAGCCUCAAACCUACUAAAGGUCAUGGUUCCUAUAGUAUGUUUUCAGAAAAUUUAAAGGAAGAACAGCUACCAGCUCCUCGAUCUACUGCUACAAUUCAAAUCAACUUUACAUCACGAGUUUUUCCUACAGCUCUGCGAGAAUCUCGCAUCGCAGAAGAGGAGGAGUGGCUACGUAAACAAGCAGAAGCUCGAAGAACAGUAAGUGCUGAUUUGUCUGAGCUGGAAGAUUUAAAAGAAGAGGAGAAGAAUCCAGAUUGGUUGAAGGACAAAGGAAACAAAAUGUUUGCAACAGGAAACUAUCUUGCAGCUGUAAAUGCAUAUAACCUCGCAGUGCGGCUAAACAAUAAGCUUCCCCUACUGUAUCUGAAUCGUGCUGCUUGCCACCUUAAACUGAGAAAUUUACAUAAAGCUAUUGAAGAUUCCUCUAAGGCACUAGAACUGCUAACACCACCUGUUCCUGAUAAUGAGAAUGCUCGAGUAAAAGCAUAUGUGAGACGUGGAACAGCAUUUUGUCAUCUGGAGUUAUAUACUGAAGGUCUCCAGGAUUACGAAGCAGCUCUCAAGAUUGAUCCUAAAAAUAAAACUAUAGAAAAAGAUGCUGAGAAGAUUCGACACCUAAUUCAAGGAACAACACAAGAUUCUUAACAAAAAAAAAAGGAACUUUUUGAGAGGGAUCCUUAGUUCUCAUCAAUAUGUUGUUAACUAGACAUUUUUCUGUUUCACUCAGAACACCUACAGAAUUGGUAAAAGAUUGGAUAUAUGAAUUACUAUUUUUGGAAAGUAUAGUAUUAUAACAAAUAUGAUGAGGUAUAUUUUAUAUCAUUUUGAUACAAAGUUGUAAUUUUUGCUUUCUGUGAAAUAUUGGUGGGACAAAUAUUAAAACAUGCUUUCAGUACUUAAUUUAAAGUUACUCAUCACUAAAUGAAGUAUUUGUCUGGAAAUACCUACUGAAUCUAGACAAUGGGUUUCCAGACAACUUCAGUACCUCCAUGUAGUCAACACCUUUUAACUUCUUAUCUUUCUGUUCUCCACCAAAGCUGAAACAGUUAUGUGUU